AUUACUGGAUGUCGGAGCUCACCUCCUUCUCUGGGACUGCAGACGUGUAAUUCCAUCCCAAGCUGUAUUCUGUCAGUAUAGAUAUUUACUGACCAAACCCAGAAACUUUUCCAUUAUUGUAACACCAUUGUUCCUGCUCACAGCUGAUAAGCCCAAGCUUUUCAAUUCUGAAUCAUCAACCAAAACUUUUAUCUCAGGAAUACAUGCUCAUGUAUUCAGGGAAAAGGGGAAAGAAAGUACAUGGAGACAGGAUCAAAAAGCUAUUAAUUAUAUCAGUGAUUUAUUUCUUGUUCUUUCCUUCAUGAUUACCUUACAUUGUUUCUUGAAAAAUAGAAUACAGCUCCAAAGAGGAGGGUAGAAACAGAUUUGCACAAAUUAUUUAUUGGGGUUGAUUUCUGCUUAGACAAACAAACAAACAAACAAACAACAUACCAAAUCCAAAACAACAAAACCAAACCAAAAAACCAAAUCAGAUUUCCAGAGUUUGGAGGAGCCGCUGUGCCGCCGGAGGUCCCGUGGUAAGCCAGGGAUGACAACUCCUGUGCUGUCACGGGACCGCCUGGUGGGACCUGCUCGUCCCUGCAGCUUCCAAAUCCUCCUCCUGUGGUGGCAAUUCCCCAGCCAGAUGUUUGCAAUUUGCCCACGCUUGUCUUUCAGUGGAGCCCAGAUACACCUGCACUCCAGCCCAUGAGUGGGCACAGGCACAGCCAAGCCUUCAAAACUUUGUCCUGCUUCUCUCCAGGUUUCAGAGGGAUGGGUCACAGGUGAGGUCAAGUUUACUCCAGCCUCCAGCCCUUGCAAAUUGAGUCUGGUUAUCCUGUAGAUACUGAGCCAAAACUGUGCCUAGUCUUGUGUGCAGACACAAAAGAAAUGGAAUUGUGGGGCUGUGGAAUUGUGGGAGUGCAUUAAUGAAGCUCCUGCCCUAAUGAGCAGUAUCAACAAAACCUGUUUUUUUAGCAUUAUGGUUGACAAUAGUAGUCUUCUGUAUCCACAGAGGCAAGUAGAUCUGAGGUAGCCUAGAAAUAGGCAUCCUCUGACUGAGGUCAAAGGAAGAGGAGGAAUAUGGUUAUGUACACAAAAAGCAAGCUUUCUCACCGUGUUCAUGCAGGGGGAGAGUGGUUUUCUUGCUAUUAUCUCCUAGUUUCCACAAUGUAACAUUCCAAGCCACUUUUAAAAGUGUCAUUUUGCAUUUAAUGAGUGCUAACUUUCCUUUUGGUGUUUCCUGUUGUUCUGGAAACAUUUAGAUCUCCCGUCUGUAUCUCUGUGCUGCAGCUGCCACAAUAACCUUCAGAGAAGGAUUCUCCUACAUCUUACAACAGCAGCAUGACAUAUGGAGCUGAAACCCGCAGGAAGCAUGCCUCAUCAUCCAUGGCCAUGGGCUCAGUUAAAGACUCAACCUCUCACAUUUAAGGCAGUGGCUUUUUGGCCUCACCUGCUGCCCACGGUUUGCUCCCAGGUCCACGUGUGCUGCUGGGGAGCCUCAGCCACAGAAGCAGCUCCAUAGGGCGGUAGCUGUGCUCCAAGGGAGCCCGAGAUCUUAGUCGUAGAGGAAAUCUGAUCUGCUGCAGCACGGAAACAUCAGCCGUGGGAUGGCGAGACAAAUUCCUUAGGGAGCUGCCUGUUUUCAAGCCAAGUGUUCAUGAUAUGAUCCAGCUGGCUUACAGGGAUCAACUACCCACUUGUGAAUAAUGGUCAAAAACGAAUCCCACCUGGACGCUUUGACACUGGCAAUGCUCCAGAAUAAAACCAUCUCCAUCACCCUCCCAGUUGUGUACACAGUGGUGGCUCUGGUCAGCAUUCCUGGCAACUUGUUCUCCCUUUGGGUGCUCUGUUGGCACAUCAAACCCAAAACACCUUCUGUUAUCUUCAUGAUCAACUUAAGCAUCACGGACCUCAUGCUGGCCAGCUGUUUCCCCUUCCAGAUUUCUUAUCACCUCCAAAGCAAUCACUGGAGAUUUGGCAAGACCCUUUGCAGCCUUGUGACAGUGAUGUUCUACUCCAACAUGUAUUCUUCUAUACUGACCAUGACCUUUAUCAGCAUGGAGCGGUACAUGGGUGUGGUACACCCCUUGAAGUUGAUCAAGUGGAGAAGAAAAAGAUAUGCCUUGGCUGCCUGCGUAGCCAUGUGGCUUUCCUUGCUACUAGCCUUCUACCCACUAGAAACUACAGACCUGACCUAUGAAGUGAAAGAAUUAGGGAUUAUAACCUGUUUUGAUGUCCUAAAAUGGGAUAUGCUGCCCACCUUUGCAGCUUGGGUAGCCUUUCUCCUCACUUUAUUUGUUGUGCUGUUCCUGAUCCCUUUUGUUGUAACAGUUGGAUGCUACAUUGGUAUCAUUAGGAAGCUAAUUCAGACAUCAAGCAGAUAUGGUAAUAGGCAAAAGACUAGAUCCAUAUACCUGGCGACAAUUGUCCUUCUGUCCUUCAUCACUUGCUUUGCCCCCAAUAAUUUUAUCCUACUUGCACACAUGAUCAGCCGCCUAUUUUACAGCAGCAGUUUGUACCCUGCCUACAAGCUCACCUUGUGCCUCAGUUGCUUCAACAAUUGCAUAGAUCCCUUCAUUUAUUACUUUGCAUCGAAAGAAUUUUACCAGAAAUUCAUGCAAAUGUUUCGCCCUAAGGUACUGCUCAGCGACAGUUUGGAAAACAGAAGGGAAAGUUUAUUCUCUGGCAGAACCAUGUCAGCCAGAUCGAUGUCAAGUGGACCUAUGGAUGGGUUAGAGGGAGUAAAGGUCAAUUUGCAAAGGCAGGAAAGUGUUUUCUAGCUUUAAAUAUUCCGAGAAGAAAGACGCUUGUGAAGCUCAUGAGCAGACACAGAAAACAUUUCCUUAUGAAUGGCCAUGCUCAAAACACCAGUGACAGAACUCAAGCUGCACUUAAACUGCAUGUCAGAAUUUUCUGGUCAGAAAUGGAAGUGCUAAAGGAACUGAAUUUAUUCAAGAAGGCACUGAAGCAAAUCAAACAGGGUUAGCCUGGAAAUAGCCUUGCUGCAUAAGACCGAAGGACAGGUUUAGAACAGUUCCUCUCAGGUUGUAUGAUAGUUAACCAAAGACUUGUGAUUCUCAGUGAAUGUGAAAAACUACUGUACAUGAAUUAGAGCACACACAAAAGCUGAUUUGGGAGUAAGGGAAUUGUUCUUCUGAGCAAUGUGCUAAGCUUUGUUUUCAUUUUUGUCUUUUGUUUUUUUUAUUAUAUUUCUUUCUCUCUUGUAUUUUUAUAAAAGAAAGAAUAAAUGUAGCAUGGCAUUUUACCAUUAAUACAUAAUGCACAGCCACUGUGAAAUCACCACAACACUCACCCAACUGCUUAUCAGAGUCAAACCACAUUGACACUUGAAAAGAUUAAGUUGACUCAUAUUAUUUAUUUCAAUCUUAUACAGUAAAACAUCUCAUACAAUGAAAGGAAAGCUAAGAAUGUUUGCAAAUACUUCUGUAUUUCUUGAAGUUAUUAAUUUCUCAGGACUGUGGGGAGCAGUUUAUUUAAGGAAAUAGACUUUCCCACAUUAACCUAUUACAGUACCAAUGCUGCUUGUAUGUGGUUAGUAUGAACUGGCCAUUUUCACCAAUUCACUGUAGGCUACACCUAGAAGAACUAUCCCUCUCACCAGAAUUGAGCUUUAAAUAGUGCCUGGGGAGUGAGUUUUUCUUCCUUACAGAGAUGGUGUAGAUUAUGAGCCAGAUUUUCAGCUGGAUAAAUGAAAAUUCAACCACAGACUGGAGAGUUAUUCUGUGCCAGCAGAAACCAGCUGAAAACCUUUCCUGAUGGCCAGAUGUCAGAAAUGGACUUCUUUCAGGCAGGCAAGAAGAAAGAAGAAAAGAAAGAGGAAAAUAAAGCUUGAGAAUGCGAGCUGUACUAAACAUCCUGAAAAUAAGUUAUGGCAGGUGGGUUGAGCAGUCCUGUGUUUGGAGCCUUCCUCUGAAAUAUCUUUCUACAGCUUACAUGUUGUAAGUACAUUAUAGAGCCAUGUUUAAUUCUUCUCACAUCUCAACAACUGCCUGUGUGCUUGGAAAGACAACUGCUACAGAACGUGCACUGGGGACAGACAAAAGAUAAGUUUUUCCUGUAGUAUUUACAGCUUUUUACCUACAUUUGACUCUCAUUAACCGAGGAGAGACACAAACCACCUGAGAAGACCAGACAAGUCCCCCACACAAGCAAGACAAAGCUACACCAUAUCCUUUGACUGUGCUGCAACUCCAUCUAACACUGAGGAGGAAGCUGUCUGUAGCAUUGUGGACAGUUGGUUCAGACAUCUCUUGCUGCACUGAUUCCUGAGCUCCUGUGCCUAAGUAAUAAGCAACACCUUAAAAGGCCCUUAAAAUUUGCUGGUUUUCAUUUGGUAUCUCAUGAUUAAAAAACAAUUUUCCAUCACUAAUCACUAUUAAUUUCUUCACAGUUGAGGGUGUGAAAACUACAAAACACACUGUGAGAUAUUAGAAUGUCCUAUAUUCUGCUAAGGUAUUGUCAGUUUUUGGAGUAGAAUAAAUGUGAGUGGACCUAGCACUACUGUUUACAAGCCAGUGUGAACAUUCAAUGCUUCGUUUCAUUUCACAGUGUUAGUUUUAAUUGAUCUACACAUUUUCUGUGUACAGGGCCAACCUUAGUGAUAUGUAACUCACCUAAACCCUCUAAUUAAUUUGCCUUGAAGCCACCCUUCACUAUUCACUUUCAUAUGAUUCCAGCUUUCUCACUAUCACAAUUGUUUAAUUGUUUUCUGUAUUUUGUUGUGGCAGAAAAUUUUUUGAAGUUUAUACUGAAAUCUCUCUCCUUUUUCUUUUCUUUAACAUGGAAAUAUUUUUUACAUUGAAAGCCUUUAUUUCUCCUGCAUCUAAUGCAGACUUCAUUUUAUCUUUAACAUGGUCCUUAAGUGCAUAGUCCCUCCUAAAAUAUGCUGCAAAGUGCUUGAACAAUAACUGACAUAAAAUAGAGCCAAAAGGGCAGAAACCUUGCACUUUGGACAUCAACUGCUAUAUUUUGAAGAAUAGUGAAUUAUUCCUUUUUCAGGUGAGAAAAGGUGCUCACAACUGUGUGAAAAUGUUGAGAAUUAAGAGAAUAAAUUAUUAUUAAAAGAGGCCCAUCAUACUAUUCUUUGAUCCUGGAAAUAUAUCCUUAUGGAGCAUCAUAAGAAUAAUGGUUUCUACCCUCUUGAUUAUGAGUGUAAGUUGACAUGUAUACAUAUAAAUAUAUACAUAAGUGUACACUGAAAUUUGUAAGGUUAUUGAGAAGUUCAUGUCCAUAUUACGUUCAGUUUGGGGAAUAUGGGCCCUGGGCAACUUGCUUACUUGUAAGCAUUACUAUGUAGUUAAUGAAAUUUUACUGAAAAGAAAAGAAUGUGAAGGCUUCUGUUUGUUAUUGGAGUUGGGAGGGGAGUUUAUGUUUGGUUUUGUUUUUUAAUUACUGUAUAUAAAUUUAACCUAUGAAAGUGGCUGAACUUUUUUGUACAUAUGAUGAUAAUUAAAAAAAAUAAAAAGAACAUGAUUAAAGAGUCA